AUGAGCGAGCCCCAGAACCAAAAGGCCGCCGAGCCCUCAUCCACCGGCACCCGCCGCAGGAGCUCCGGCCUUAUGCCCGCCUUCGAGAGCCUCCAGCAGCAAAAGAACAAGCAGGACGCCGCCCGCCGCCAGAGCUUGUCGGACCAGCAGGCCAAGGGUGGCGUCUUCAGCCAGCUCUUCCACAACAACCUCGGCCGCAACGCCAAGUAA